UCAAUCAUUUCACCGAAUUCUACAGUCUGCUUCAGAAAAGCAUAUACUUUUUCUCAAGUUCCAGGAAAUAGAGAGGAGGCAAACCUUUCCAAUGGGGAGAUGGGUCAUACCAGAGGUGUACCCACUAUUGGGUGCCAUGGCCAUUGUGGGAGGUAUGGUGGUCUUUUCGCUAGGAAGACAUGUGAUCAUGAACCCUGACGUCAGAAUCUCCAAAGAGGGUCGGAAGCAGGCAGUGCUGGACAACGCAGAGGAAGGGGAGAGAUAUGCAGAGCAUGGUUUGCGCAAGUUCCUCCGCACUCGGACCCCUGAAAUCUUUCCUAAGGUCAACCGCUUCUUCUCUGAUCCUGAGAAGAGCACGUGAGGUUUCAGUAAUGAUAUAGCUGCUUGGUCCAUGCCUCUUUUUGCUAACAUUUCUUCAGACCCAAAAGCAAUGUUGUGUGAGAAUAAGUAACUGUUUGAUUGUGUUUUCAGGGGUCUGCUGAAAACCCACCCAUUUUAUUGGGCUUUAAUGUACACAGAUAAAAUAAAUGUCCACAGGCUGGAUUGGGCACUGCCGUAUUUCUUGGAAAACAGUUCUGAUUUAUGGGGGACACAAUGGUAUUGGUGUUAGUGUUUGAUCAAUUCCCAGAAUUAGUUCAGAUAUACAGGGUUCCUCGUUUCUUGAUAGGAAGAACUACUUGAAAGUGAAUCUUACUUAUGAAUUGGCA